CGUUUACCGCCGUCGUCCCAACCAGCAGAUGGCGUGGCGGACGCCUGGCGGUGGCGUCGGCGGCGGCGCAACGCUACGCGUUUUCCCUCGAGUAUCUCGCCGAGUCGCCAUGCGGCAAUCGUCACGGGCCCGCUAACCGUCGGACGCUUACGACGCCGGUCGACAAACCAUCGCUCGACUUUCGACACUAUUAUCACAAUCAUAUUGUAUCAAACGAUAAAAUAUUAUUUACCAAUCAUUAUAUUAUUAUUAUUAUAACAUUUUAUAGCUCGUCCACAGACCUCUACGUUCGAAUCGAAUUAUAUUAUCGUAUGAGUUUGUGUUUAAUUUUUUAUCGAUUUUUUUUUUUUUUUUUUAAAUUUUUUUUUCACUUUUUUUUUUUUUUUUCAUAUUAUAAUUUUUAUAUUUUUCUUUUACUCGACAUAAUGUCAUCGUGAAUCGCGUUCUUGCGGACUGCACGGAACGCUAUUUAUUCACCGGCCGUUGUAAUUUUUAUGGAAGUCAACGAAAGCGCCGAAGUUCGGUCUACCGGCACACCGCCGACCAACGGUGGUAACGGCGCGGGCAACUGUUGCGGCACGUCCCCUGCGGUCGGCGCACCGGCGGAACAUUCUUCCGGUACGAAGAUCCUGAGCAAGAAUUCAAACGGCACAAUGAUCAUGACGUCUAGUCCGAGUAACGAAGCUGAAUUACAAUUGUACAGGGUAAUGCAGAGAGCUAGUCUUUUAGCGUAUUAUGAUACACUACUUGAAAUGGGAGGCGAUGACUUGCAACAGCUUUGUGAUGCUGGCGAAGAAGAAUUUCUUGAGAUAAUGGCUCUGGUCGGAAUGGCGUCAAAGCCACUGCACGUUAGACGAUUGCAGAAAGCUUUGCACGAGUGGGUCAGCAACCCGACCAUGUUCCAAACGCCACUGACGUCUCCUGUCGCAGGUGGUGGUCCUAGUGCGAUCGUCCUACCACCAAAUCCGGUCCGACCGUUUCUCAACGUCUGUCCAAACCCACUAAUUCAGACAUCCAUACAUCACGGUUACUACACACCACUGGGAUACGGUUAUCAGCCGCCCACGUCACCAUCGCACGUGCCCAGCUCAACCAACCAACUACCACAGGUUGCGCAAACGAGUGAAGCAACAACUUCGGCUGGUCAACACUAUGGAGAUAGUAAUAGUCCUGGUCAAAGCCCAGGUUCGCCGUUGCAAUUAUCUCCAUCACUGGACGAAUCACAAAUCGCCCGGUUAGCUACGUCAGCUAAGCAACUAGUGCAAAGGCUACCACAAUAUCAACCCAAGGCACAAACAGCGAAACGGAAGGCGAAUAAAGAACUCGAAUGCAUCAUGAAUAUGCCAGAAGAAGAUCCAAGACGCAUAGAAUCCAUAAGGAAGUAUUCGGCUAUUUAUGGGCGAUUUGAUUGCAAAAGAAAACCAGAAAAACCUUUGACAUUGCACGAGGUGUCCGUAAACGAAGCUGCCGCACAGAUAUGCAAAUUAGUGCCUGUUCUGUUGACUAGACGAGACGAACUGUUCCCUUUAGCCCGACAAGUGGUCCGUGACUCGGGAUAUCAUUACUCUAAAGGACAUUCAAAGUCAAGCAUGCAGAGUUUCAGAGGAUUGACUUCGAACGGCGACUGUAGUUACGAGUCGAAGAGACCCCGUCUAGACGAUCACGAUGAGCUAUUAAAAAUUCGGCGACAGGAACGUUUAGAUCAGAUCGCUGACGAACUGAAAGCAGUCAACGAUCGCCGAGAAGAGUUGAACCAAAGUACCAAAGAUGACCCAACAGUCCAACAACAGUUGGAAACUCUGAAAAAUCGUCAAGCGCAGCUGUUAGUGGAACAGAACGACCUGCGGCAAAAUAAGUCGAUGAUGCUAAGGGACAGGAGCGGCGGAAGGACGUCAUCAUCAGCCGGUUUCGACACGGACGACACAGACUCUCAAAUGUCGUACAGCAAUACUAGUUCUCCUUUACAGGACAUUAGUGACUCGAGGGAUUCGAUGAUUCGCUGCAACGUCGACUACCAGCAUGACGGAAAAUCAUCACAGAAUACCGGUAAUCAGAGUAACUUGUCUCGCGGCGAUACAGACGACACGGAUGAAGACGACAGAGAACCUCGCCGCCGCCAUCACAGUCACAGUCCCUCAGCCCACAUUAACGGUAACAGACGUCUAGUUGAUCGAUUUUUCAACGACGAAAUCCAGAUAAUAUCGUCAAGCGGAGGCAAUAUAAUCGCCGUCACCAAUCCGGCGCUGUUGAUGUCCGCCGCCGCCGCCGCCGCAGGGACAACGACGACGACGACGACGACUCCACCGCCGCCGCUGUCGUUGAAAAUCGAACCAGUUUCACCGGCGCGAGACGACGACUGAUGGAUAAAGUGCAGAGGCAGACGUGUCCCCGUGAGCCUGAGGAGAUCUCCGACUUUCUUCGUUGUUUUUACUAGUUAUUAUUAUUAAUAUUAUUAUUAUUUUUAUUAUUUAUUAUCGUUUUCUGUUGGUCGUAUUAUUACUAUUUA